AUUGAAUGUUACUAGAUAUAUUGAAAUAAGUAACGAAAUAUCCGGAAUAUAUUUAGAGAGAAAAGGAGAAUUUGAUAAAUAGUAAAAGUUUGGAUAACAGAAUAUAGAAACGUUACAAUAGUGAAUUUGUAUUAAAGUACGCAAGUAUGGCGUCCAAUCCUAUUAUUUCGUUUGUGUAUAACAUAACCUUCCAAAGCCCUUUAAAUAAAAAAAAUGUUAUUUCAAAUUUUAACAGAAUAGCUUGUUCUUCCAGAAAUAUGACAGGACCGUAAUAUAUUCGUAAGUGAAAAUAGUUCGUAUAUUACCAUUCAAAAUGAUAAAUCUCAAUUUAAUUAGAGAAUACUUUAGAAUGCAAGUUAAUGAAAUAAUUUGUUGGUGGUGGUUUUACAUCAGUGAAAUUUCAUGGCAAUUGCUGAUAGCUGUUACCGCGUAUUUUUGCGUUUGUAUUUUUCUUUAUUCUAUCUUGAGGAAGGUUAGCCACAUAGCGUGGCAGCUUCCAGGUCCACCUGCCAGAAUACUAUUAGUUACAGCUCAUCCUGAUGAUGAGGUCAUGUUUUUUGGCCCAUUGGUGUAUUGGGUUACAAGAUCAAAGACUAGUGAGAUUUACCUUCUCUGUCUUAGUAAUGGAGUACAGAGUUACCUGAUGAUCAAAAUGUACAAUGGCCAACAGAGAUAGUGGCAGAGUGUAUUUUACAACAUAUAGAAAGUUAUAAAAUCAAUGCAGUUGUAACAUUUGAUAAACAUGGCAUAAGCAAGCAUAAAAACCACAUUUCUUUAUAUUUUGCCAUAGCUGCAUUAUGCAUAGAAAAAAAAGUACCAUAUUUCUGUGAAUAUAAUUAGAAAAUAUGUACAAGUUUUAGAUUUGCCAAUUAGUUUAUUAUCUGCAUCAUACUGGUAUUUAAUAACAUAUGAUCAAAAAAAGAUGAUAAAAAAAGCUAUGACUGCACACAAGUCUCAGUAUGUUUGGUUUCGAAAAUUGUACAUGAUUUUUUCACGAUAUACAUUCAUUAAUACUUUUCAAGAAAUGAGUGCUCUUGACCUUGAAUUGGAUCUCCAGUUUGAUGAUGAAUAAUUCAUAUUAUACUAUUAUACUUUCAUAAUUUAUACUAUUGUACAAAUUGUAAUUAAUUGUACAUAUUAAAGAAUUAAAUUUGUCUAUUAAUAUAUAAUAAAACCAUUAUAACAUUCUCAAAGAAACUUUUAAGAUAUUUUUAAACAUUUAAAC